GACCUGAUUGACCUGAUUGACCUGAUUGACCUGAUUGACCCGAUUGACCUGAUUGACCUGAUUGACCUGAUUGACCCAUUGACACAUCACUUACUCCGUUCAUGUACAUGCAUAUACCUAUACCUAUACCUAUCGUACAUACAGACCAGACAUACACACACAUACACAGCACAGCCUUCAAACGUUCGCUUAAACAAUGAAAGCGUGAAAGCGUGAAAGCGACAUCCCCUCAUCCCAUCUCUGAAGCCAACUGCGGCAAUGGUAUGAGCUACAUAAUAAAGAAAAAAAGAUACCAAUCAAUCAUUCCACCACUUUUCAUGAGAUCUCUUGAUACUCAUUAUUAAGCCCGCCAUCGAUGAGUAGAAGUUGGUUGUUGUUUUGAUAUCCAAUUGGACUACCGAUAUCUUCCUCCACUCAUAAAUCACUCUCGUACAGUCACACCCAAUCUCACACUUUGCUUUUGAUUGAUUUCAAUCUCCCUCAUACAACCAACGUCCAUUCAAUACCUAGGUACUGGAAGAAAAGAAUUCCAUUUCCAUUCACCUCACAUCCAUUUUCCAAUAUAAUAUACAAACCUACAAUUAUCUGAGAUUAUAAUUUGCAAAAAAUUCUUCUCUUCUUCAAAUUUUCUUGGAGAUCAAAAUAAAGAUUUGAUUUUAAUUUAAUUUCGCUUUCCCCGGCUUUUUCUUCUGACAUAGAACUAACAAGGCCAUCCAUAUUUCCACCUUAUUCGAUUUUUCGACCCCGGGCCUUUUUAACCUUUCUCUUAACUACAACAACAACAACAACAAAUCCAUUCCUUCUUCCUUCCUUCCGAUAACCACACACCGUCUACUGAAAUUGUUUCUUAUCAUUUUGAUCGCAAACAAUUGAAAUUACAGUAUUGAUAUUUUGCAUCAAUUGAUUCAGUCAAUAUGUCGUACACUCAACAGUAUCAAGGUAUUGGUGGAAAUCCAUAUCAAAAUUCGGGUGCUGCUGAAGCCGGUUAUGGAGGUAACAAUGCAGGCCAGCCAGGGCUCUCGCACGAGAUGUCAAACUACUCCCAAGGAUCCAACUAUUCCUCCGGUACACCCGGCGCCAUUCCACCUCCAAGUAACAACGUCCUUACCCAACAAGCUUUCCUCGAUCGUGUUGACUUUGCCAAAUCCGAAAUUCGUUCUCUGUCCUCCAAUAUCUCCCAAAUUGCAACUCUUCACCAACGCGCCCUCUCUUCCCCCGACUCUUCCUCCACCGCCUCCCUCGAAAAUCUCGUAACACAAACCCAGCUCAAAAACACUCAAAUUCGUGAUCAAAUCAAGUAUUUGGAAGGUGAUGCGAUCAAGACUCAAGAUGGGACCAAGAAUAUCAAGAGUACGCAAGCUAAGAAGUUGAAGACGGAAUUUGAAAAUCAGUUGCAGCAGUAUAGGGAAGAAGAGUUGAAUUAUAGAAACGAAUAUAGACGCCAAAUUGGAAGACAGUAUCGUAUCGUUAACCCUGAAGCCACGGAGGCCGAGGUCGAGGAAGCUAGUCAGAUGGAUUGGGGUUCGGAAGGUGUUUUCCAAACUGCUCUCAAAUCCAAUCGAUCUGGACAAGCAUCUUCAGUUCUCGGAGCCGUUCGUGCUCGUCACAACGAACUCCAACGUAUUGAAGCUACUCUCACCGAUCUUGCAGCCAUGUUCGCCGAUAUGGCCCAAAUAGUUGAAGCUCAAGAUCCAGUUGUCGAACAUACCGAACAAAACGCCAUCAAAACCGCUGAAGAUGUCGACAAAGCAAAUGUUCAAAUUGACAAGGCGAAUGAACAUGCCCGUCGUAGAAACAGACUUAAGUGGUGGUGCUUGUUGGUUACGCUCAUUAUUAUCCUGGCCAUUGCGUUGGGAGUCGGUCUGGGUGUUGGGCUAGCGGUCAAGGGAUCCAAGACUGCUACUAGUUAAGGGCCUGCAUGAACGCGCGGAAGUAGUUGAAAUUUUCAAAUGGAUUUGACUACGCGAGUCUUUAGGGACAUGCGGUAUGAUGGAGGGGUAGGGGUUUGAAAGCGAUUGAAAAGAUUCAACGAAUGAUGCGUUCCACAGGACCAUGAAUGGGAUGGGACGGAAUCUUGUAUGUUGUAUAUUUGUUUGGGGCAUCAUUUUUCGUAAUUUCUUUUUUCUCUAUUUGCGCGCGUUUCUUUUCUACUCUUUCUACGAAUGAAUUGGGGUCUUUAAUGCACAAUGGGAUGGACGACUCACAUAUCAUGUUAUGCAAAAGGCUUAGGGUUUUUUACAUAAGUAUUUUAAUAUUAUGACGACGGGAUGGGUUGGGAUUUGGGGGAGGGACUAUGAUUAUUGCAUAGUUUGGGAAGAAUGGGAGAAGAACGGGAGAAGAGAGAAGCUGGGAAGAUGGUUGGGGACUGGUUCUUAAUAAAGCAUGGUUGUGCUUCCAGUGGUUGGGAGUGGAGUUCAUGAAGGAGGGAGGAAGGAAGCCAAUGUAAU